AUGGCAGUUUCCAUGAGAGAUGUGGAUCCAGCUUUCCAGGGAGCUGGACAAAAAGCUGGACUUGAAAUAUGGCGUAUUGAGAAUUUUAAUCCAAUAUCUGUCCCAAAGUCCUCUUAUGGCAAAUUUUUCACUGGGGAUUCCUAUGUGAUCUUAAAGACAACCGCGUCAAAAAGUGGAGCUCUGCGUCAUGACAUCCAUUACUGGAUUGGUAAAGACACUAGUCAGGAUGAAGCUGGUGUUGCAGCCAUCAAGACGGUUGAGCUGGAUGCAGCUCUUGGAGGACGUGCUGUUCAGUAUCGGGAAGUACAGGGCCAUGAAACUGAAAAGUUCCUGUCUUAUUUCAAACCUUGUAUUAUACCUCUAGAAGGUGGAGUUGCUUCUGGUUUUAAACAUGCCGAGGCUGAAAAACAUAAGACACGGUUAUUUGUAUGCAGAGGGAAACAUGUUGUGCAUGUCAAAGAGGUUCCAUUUGCUCGAUCUUCACUCAACCAUGACGAUAUUUUUGUUCUCGACACUGAGUCAAAAAUCUUCCAAUUUAAUGGUUCCAAUUCAUCUAUUCAAGAAAGGGCUAAAGCUUUGGAAGUUGUACAGUAUAUUAAGGAUACCUACCACGAGGGAAAGUGCGAGAUAGCUGCCAUUGAGGAUGGAAAGUUAAUGGCUGAUCCUGAAACUGGGGAAUUCUGGGGUUUCUUUGGCGGAUUUGCUCCUCUUCCACGAAAAGCAGCCAGUGAGGAUGGCAAAUCUGCUGAUUCUCGUUCUCCAAAACUGCUUUGUGUUGAAAAAGGACAAACCGAACCCGUUGAGGCUGAUUCUUUCAAAAGGGAGUUUCUAGACACAAAUAAAUGUUUUAUUCUGGAUUGUGGGUUGGAAAUGUUUGUCUGGAUGGGAAGAAACACCUCUCUUGAUGACAGAAAAAGUGCCAGUGGUGUUGCUGAUGAGUUAGUCAGUGGCAUCGAUCAACUUAAACCCCAAAUAAUUCGAGUAAUUGAAGGAUUUGAAACAGUGUUGUUUAAGUCCAAGUUUGAUUCUUGGCCUCAGACCCCUGAUGUAACUGUAUCUGAAGAUGGACGUGGCAAGGUAGCAGCACUUCUGAAACGUCAAGGAGUAAAUGUCAAGGGUCUGUUGAAGGCUGAUGCAGUAAAAGAAGAACCUCAACCUUACAUCGAUUGCACUGGGCAUUUACAGGUUUGGCGCGUGAACGGUCAGGAAAAGAUUCUUCUCCCAGCUUCUGAUCAAUCAAAAUUUUAUAGUGGAGAUUGCUUCAUCUUUCAAUAUUCAUAUCCUGGAGAAGAUAAGGACGAUUGUCUUAUUGGAACGUGGAUAGGAAAGAACAGUGUUGAGGAAGAAAGAGCUUCAGCUAAUUCACUGGCUAGUAAAAUGGUUGAGUCAAUGAAGUUUCUGGCUUCUCAGGCUCGUAUAUACGAAGGCAAUGAACCAAUUCAAUUUCAUUCUAUCCUACAAACCUUCAUUGUUUUUAAGGGCGGGCUUGGUGAUGCAUACAAGACUUACAUUGCAGAAAAAGAAAUUCCAGAUGAGACAUACAGUGAGGAUGGUGUUGCAUUAUUCCGCAUCCAGGGCUCUGGACCAGAUAAUAUGCAAGCUAUACAAGUUGAACCUGUUGCUUCUUCCUUGAAUUCCUCUUAUUGCUACAUACUUCAUAAUGGGCCUGCUGUCUUUACUUGGUCUGGAAGCAAUACAAAUGCAGAAAACCAGGAACUUGUAGAGAGGAUGCUGGAUUUGAUAAAGCCAAAUUUACAAUCAAAACCACAAAGGGAAGGCACAGAAUCUGAACAGUUUUGGGAUUUGUUAGGAGGAAAAUCAGAAUAUCCCAGUCAAAAGAUUAGUAGGGAAGCUGAAAGUGAUCCUCACCUAUUUUGUUGCAACUUCUCAAAAGGAAACUUAAAGGUGAGUACACCCACUAAUCUAUCAUAUCUGGUAACAAAAUUCUUAAUUUUGAAACUUAUGGAAAUGCAAUGCAACCGUAUAAUGAAGGUGUGUCAAAGUAGGUCUUUUAUCUUGGCUUUCAACAAUAUUUUAUUGUAG